AUGCCAUCCUCGUUCAUUCGAAAACAUGUCCGAGGCUUAUUGCGCAGCAAAUUCGGACCAUCGACGAGCCUGGACCAUGAAAAUCAGGCAGCUGAGGACUCCGACGAGGCAACGACACCGCGUGGCGACGAGAACAACGAAUUUCUAGCCAACUGUUUUCUCAACGGGAUCGCGCUUAGGAAAGAGGAUUUUCCGGAGGUCUACUUCGGCAAAACGGGUCUAGAUCUUCCAAGCAUUCCAUUGGAAUCAUUAGAAUGUGAUGUUUUUGCUUCUUACACUGGACCCGAUGGUGGUCUCACAGAAGUUGGCGAAGUUCGAGCUCAACAAAUGAUCCAAAUGGCGAAUAUUGAUGAUGAAAUGUCUCUGUCAAUUGGCGGUUCAACAGAUGAUGAAGACGAGGAGGAUGAGGAUCUUGAUGCUCCACUCUCAGCCAAUCUGAAAAAGAGUUCGAGGAACUCGUUGCUUCUUGGUUCGUGCUCAUCACUUUUGGGACCGAACGGGGAACAGGAACGAGUUGGAAAACCAUCUGCAGAUGAUUAUGACUGGACAGCACAAGACUCGAAUGCUGCAUUUGGAAUCAGUGUUUCGCUGUAUGAGAAGAAUCCUUUGACUGGAGUUAAUGCUGGAGAUCCGAUUGCUGAUGUGUGGGGAGUUGUAGGUCGUAAUAAUAAUGGGAUUCUCGCUCUAGCUGACGGUGUGAAUUGGGGUGAAGGUGCACGUCUUGCUGCUCGAUGUGCUAUUCGAGGAGCCAUUGAUCAUAUGAAUGGUCAAGUCAUCAAUAAUUCCAUGAGCAAUUCAACGGAAGUUUUCCAUGAAAUGCUCGCCGCUUUCCAUUCGGCGCAUUCGCUAAUUUUACAAGAAGGUGGAAUGCUCACCACAUUGUGUCUCGCUUUAGUGGCGCCGAUGAAAUGCGGCAACGGUUGGGUGCUCUGCGUGUGCAACGUCGGAGACUCGCUUUGUUUCGUGUACAACAAAAAUUAUGGAGUACGAGAGGUCACGCUUGGAAGUCACGACAUUGACCAGAUGCGGGAUAUGCGCGACGCUGGUGGAGCUCUCGGCCCAGUAGACGGAAGAAAUCCGCAAUUGCAUAAUCUCACGUGUAGCAUGACCUUUGUCGAGGCGGGUGACAUUGUCUUUAUCACUUCCGAUGGCGUUUCCGACAACUUUGAUCCGGUUGUUGGAAAAUUCUGCGUGAUUAAAAAAUCGGAGAGUGAAAACAAAGAGAAUAGUCACCUUCCGCCGCGACAGAAUCGUGCAUUAGACAUAUCAACAAAUGAUUCGAAAAAUCGCGAAUUUGCCAAAAAUCGCACUUGUGCCGCAUCUUUGCCUUGUGUAGAUGCCGCUGGACGACAUUCUCUUAUGCUUCUUAGAAUGAGGGAUAUUAUUUCAAACGGAUUGACUCCAGCGACGCCGACACUGCCAAUACGCAGUCCUGAUGUGACUGCCUCCCUUUUGUGCCAAAGACUUAUUCAAUUUGCCACACAACUUAGCCAGGCAAAACGACGUGUUCUCGAAAAUCCGGAAUUGUACAAGAAAGAGAAAAUGACGAGAACUGAGCAGAAGCAACGAAGAAAAAUGGUUCGAGAGAAAAUCGCGGAGAUGCCUGGAAAACUCGAUCAUGCUUCGGUUGUUGCGUAUGAAGUUGGACGACAGAAUCAGCAAGAUACUCCUUCUAAGCGAUUGUCAGGUGAAAGUACUCCGGAGAAAGUGUCUCAUAAAGAGGAGCAUUUUGAGUUUGGAGCUGAAACCACAAGUUGUGUCAACUUUGAAAACUUUGGAAGGGUCCGUAGAGCAGAGUGCGAGGCUAUCGCUGAAUGUGAAGCAUUUGAAACUGUUUCAUUGACUAUUAAAAAGAAAUCGCCACCGAUCUCACCUGCUAGGUACAAUAUGAAAGGAAUACCUCACCCGACGGGUCUGAUGCUUUCUGAAAUUGCUACUGGCGAAAAGAACAACAACACCGAGAAGCCAAUAAGUCCGUAUGAGCAGAUUCCGCUUACAGCCCGUGAAGAAGUUUCCAAGAAAAAGAAGAAGCAUUCCCGUGGAAGCAUUGGCCGACAUACGAUGGAUUUGCAAUGGCUUAGAAAACAGUUUAUGUCAAGGAAAGAUGAUCAAAAAUCUUCUGAUGAUAUUCGUGGAGACGUCAGCUUAAGCUCUGGAAAUCCUGAUCGAUUGACGCUCGGACGAAAAUUGAAAGGAAUUCUUGGAUCGAAUAAGAAUUUGACAUCUAAAGGAACUUCCAAAUGA